CUGCCUGCCGGCUCCUGGCCGCUUAAAGCACGGCAGCUGCCUGCCCGAGAGCCUUCGCACACAUCCACCGCACGCUGCACAGCUGGCUCACACCGGGAGAGGACCGCGAUGGGGCUGUUCUACAGCAAGAGCCAGACAGAACCGUCUCCAUGCAACUUGCUCACUGUAAAAAUCAUACAGAUGAAAAAUGCCAGGAAAGCAGACUUGUUAAGUCAGUCUGAUUGCUAUGUGAGCCUGAGCCUGCCAACAGCCUCAGUGCAGCAUUUCCGCACCAAGACUGUCCAGAACAGCAAGAAUCCGACAUGGAACGAGACCUUCCACUUCACGAUUCAGAGCCAGGUUAAGAACAUUCUGGAGCUUAAAGUUUGUGAUGAGGACAAAGUAACUGAAGAUGACCAUCUCCUCACUGUUUUCUUUGAUGUCUCCAAAAUCCAGCUUGGAGAGAACAUUCAGCUAAGUUUCCAGCUGAAUCCACAGGGAAAAGAGGAGCUGGAGGUUGAAUUCACAAUGGAGAGCAGUCCCGAUCCUCCUGAAAACAUUAUUACUAAUGGAGUUCUAGUGUCCCGUGAGGUUUCCUGUUUGGACGUGCAGGUGAACGAUGGGAGGCUGAGGAAGGACACCAUGGAGAGAAAGUUUGCAUUAACUGUGGACGGGUCGUAUGAAGGAACCCAGACGCACACGCUGAGCUCCUGCCUGUGCCCGACGUCCCCGGCCAGGUUCCACUACAUCAAGUACAACCAGUCGGCGCUCACUGUGGCUCUGCCGCGGCGCAGACGGCUCAGCAGGUCUAUAUCAAGCCAAAAUGAAAGGGAUAUGAACGAAUCUGUGACUCUACCUCUGAACUCGCUUCCUAUACAAGAGAAAAUAGCAAUAGGAGAGGACAGGACAAUUGACUUGUACACAAAGGCGAAUGAAUGGACUCAGGGUCUCUGUUUCAGACCAAGAAACCUUGAUGCUCGCCUGGGGUUUGACCUCUGCACAGAUGAACAGAAUUUCCUGCAAAACCGAAGGAAAGUAGUUGCUGCUGCGCUAAAGGAGGUUCUUCAUCUGGAGGAAGAUCUGCAAGAGCAUGAGGUGCCUAUAGUGGCUGUGACUACAGCAGGGUGUGGCAUAAGAGCACUCACUGCCAUGUAUGGCAGCAUUUUGGGUCUCCAAAAGUUACGUGUUCUGGAUUGUGUUUCAUACAUCAGUGGUUCAUCUGGCACAACAUGGACAAUGACAAAGCUAUAUGAAGAUGCUGACUGGUCACGUAAGGAUCUUGGGGAAGUAAUUGUUGAAGCACGGAAGCAAGCAGCCAAAUGCAAGAUGGGAGCUUUUUCCUUGAAAAGUCUGAGGAAUUAUUACAGAGAACUGAGCCAAAGGACCCAAGCAGGACAUAAAACAUCUUUUAUUGAUCUGUGGGGGCUCAUGAUUGAAGCCAUGUUAAAUGAUGGGAAAAGCCACCACAGACUUUCUGAUCAACGUCAGGCAGUGAACCAAGGUCAGAACCCACUGCCCAUCUACCUUGCCCUUAAUGUCAAGGACAAAGUUGCCACCAAAGAUUUCAGAGAGUGGGUGGAGUUCACGCCAUACGAGGUGGGCUUCCUGAAAUACGGUGCCUUCAUUCGUGCGGAGGAUUUUGGCAGCGAGUUCUUCAUGGGUCGCCUGAUGAAAAAACUCCCUGAGUCACGAAUCUGCUUCAUGCAAGGAAUGUGGAGUAGUAUAUUCUCCAAAAACCUCUUGGAUGCCUGGCAUGCAGCUGACAAUUCAGAAGACUUCUGGCAUAGGUGGACCCAAGACAAAGUGACUGAAAUAGAGGAACAACCAGACCUGCCUGAGAAGCCAUAUGAGAUGGCUACAUGCGUUUUCACUCCUACCAGUGGCCUCUCCACUACACUCCGGGACAUCCUGACGGAUCGCCCCGCUGUCUCCAAGUACCACAACUUCCUAAGGGGCUUCCAGAUGCACAACGAGUACAUCCAGCAUGAACAUUUCACAAAAUGGAAAGACACUUUGCUUGACAGCUCUCCCAAUGACCUGAGAGCCAACUCGGAACACUUGGAGCUGGUGGAUGCAGCUUUCUUCUUUGAAACCAGUUACCCACCCCUUAUGAGACCAGAGCGGAAGGUGGAUGUCAUCAUACACUUAAAUUACACAGGUGGAUCACAGACAUUGCCCCUGGAGCAGGCUUGCAAAUACUUUGCAGAGCAGGAAAUUCCAUUUCCCUGCAUUGGACUGACAGAUGAUGAGAAGAACCUGAAAGAGUGCUACAUGUUCGAUGGUGCAGACACCCCAGGAGCUCCUCUGCUACUUUAUUUUCCAUUAGUGAAUGACACUUUUCAAAGAUAUGUAGAACCUGGCAUGUCACGUACCGCUGCUGAAAUGGAACAGGGCAAGGUUGAUAUCUCCAGUUUCUCCUCUCCAUACUCAACCAGGGAGGUCUCACUGAAAGCAGAAGAUUUCAACAAGCUUCUGAAGCUGGCUAAUUACAACAUAAUGAACAAUGAGAACAUGAUUCUUCAGGCCUUGCGCAUGGCUGUGGCACGGAAGAAACAAGCCUUGAGCCAGCCAGCAUCACAGGCACAGCCCUCUGCUUGAACAGCAUUUCCCUGUCCCUUACUAAGCAUUUACCAAGACAGCAUACAUGUGAUAAAUACUUCACCAUUCUUGGCAGGGGCCAUAGUUUUCUAAAUAACCUUCUCAAUCUUAUCCAGAAUUGUGGUAUUAAACUCAGCAGUUUCUCUCGUUAAUACCAUCUCACUGGUGAUGAAGAUUCAGCUGUGUGUGAUAGGGAAAUAGCAUUAGCUCUCCUUGUCUGCAAUCUCUUAUGGUCUUGGUGGCUAGUUGCUAAUAUUUUUUCAUAUGCAAAAUAUUUUGGCAUUUCAUUGGGACUAUUGGUAGCAAAACCAUAAAGCCCUCUUCAGACACAAAAGGUGGUCACCAUGCAGUACCAAUUUAAAACAUUUUACUUAGCUUUAAUGACCUGGAUGAAUUUGGCUUCUACUGUUAAAGAGUUUUGUUUCCCAGGUGCUUCUUUUUGGUCAUGAAUUGUCAUGAAAUAAAUAUUUUAUGAAGGAUGUUUAAUUUUUCAAAUUUGUGUUGGACGACACAGAUGUGGGUCAGUGGCCAUUUAGGUCUUUGAUCAUCUAUUCUUAUCAAUUAAAUCAAACUUAGAAAUUUGAUUUGAUGGACUAUUGCUAUUUCCUCUCACCACCAACUAUGUCCUCUCCCAGAUGACAUAUAUGUUCUGCAGUUAUCUCCCCAAAAUGCAAUUUUGCUUUAGCAUCAUCUGGAACUUGUUCAGUAUAGUGUAUUGAACUAUUAUGAAAUCAGAUUGUGUGAAGGGGAUUUCAGGAGGCAUGGUAAUUGAACACUGGAGACAUGCAGUAAGAUACCAAUCUUCUGUUCACUGCAUCACAGUGUAUUCCAUACUCAAACACACUUAAGGCCAAGAAAAGUCCAGCAGAGACAGAUGUGGAGCUUCUGUUUCUGGUGAAUUCUUCCUUCGAGGUAACUGGAGAGAGAGAGGUAUUCUUUUCUUGGUUGAGAAGUUCGUUUUUACUGGUUUUACAUAAAGAAGCAUUGUGAAAGAAAGGCAGAUGCUGGUGUCUAGGAAUUUCUCAAGGGUCAGCCAUGAUGAGCCUUGCAGGACUUCCUCAGAGCCUAAACAAGCAAGCAAGAGCUACAGAAGAGUGUCUGCUUUCCACAAAUUCUCCAACAAGGUACAUAGAAAAUUUCUGCCUUAUAUUCUAAAAUCCUGCUCACUGUUUUAUUUGAGCACCCACUCAUGAGCUCAAACAAAGGUAUCUGAACUGUCAAAAUGGGUAUCAUGACUGACUCCUUAAUGCCUGCCAGGGAGGAUAUAAUUAUAUUUGUCAAAGUCCUCCCAUGACUGCGAAGUUCUGGGCAUUUCAGCAGCUUUGUAAAUUCUGCAGGCUCUGAGGAACUCUGGUGCAGAUUCAAUUCUCAGUGGUUGUCCCUUGUUGGAAAUAUUUUUGUCAGGAUUAGAUACUCUGAUUUUGCCUGUGAACUUUUUCAGUGAUGGUGAGCAUGUGCUCCUUCCUGAUUUUACCAGCCUCAGAUUGGUUGGAAAAGGCGUAUUCCUAAGACAACAGAAACAGCUCUCUGUAGAUGUCUCACACAGCCUUCUUUACCUUUUCUAUGUCCCAUCUCAGAACCUGUGAUGCACCCUAAAAUCUCAGAUGACCUGAAGGAAACCAGAAAAGGUAGCUUCUCAGCCACUGGCAUGGUGUCUCAUAUGGUCACACUAGUGUCGUCCCAAAUGCCAGUUCUGGCACUACUACUAGAUUUUCUUCAAGCAGAGGAACUUCGCAGCCAGUGUCUGGGAUGGGCUCUCUCCAGCUCCAUGCCCUGCAGCACUUCCUGUGGAGGAAAUUCCUCAGGGAGAACCCUUGUGUAGGAGAGGUGACAGAGGCCUAGACACUGGCCCAUCGUUUCCCUUCUUGGUACAAAGUUAAGUUAGUGAACACAUUUUUGUGGAUAAGACACCCCUUUUUGUAUACUUUUGUUAUUAAUAUUUCUGCAGUUACUGUGUGUUUCUUAUCCCACUGUUUUUUGCUUUCAGUAAAUUGUUAUCUCAACCUAUAAAUCUCGCCUUUUUCCCUCCCUUACUGGAUGGGAGUGGGGAGAGGGGGUGGCUUAUUUGGAGUUUAAUUUCUGGCUGGUGUUACAUCACCAGGGUGGUCCAGUCAUUCAGCUGAACACGGCUGUGUUAGCUCUGCAUGGCCAGGUUCUGGUAGCAGAAGCCUACAAGGGUGGCCAGUGUGAGGAGGUGCCAGAAGCUUCCCCCAUCUCCAGCAGAGUCAAUGCCAGCUGGCUCCAAGACUCACCCACCCCUGGCCAGGGCUGAGCCCAUCAGUAGCAGUUGUACUGCCUCUGGGAUAAUGUGUUUAAAAACAGGAAAAAACCCUGUGCAAUAUUAACUGCAGUGGAAGAGAGGAGUGAGAACAUGUGAGAAACAGGCCUGCAGAUGUGAAUGUCACUGAAGGAGGAGGUGCUCUAACUUUGGAGCUGAGAUUCCCCUGAUGCCUGUGCUAAACAAUUGUCAAAUAACUAUUUAACUGGCUGUUCAAUGACCAUGGUGAGGCAGGCUGUUCCUCUCAGCCCUUGCUGGCCCAUGAUAGAGCAGAUAUUCACCUGCAAGCCCUGGAGAACCCCACAUGGAGCAAGUGGAUGCCUGAAGGAGGAAGUGACACUGUGGGAAGCCUGCGAAGGAGCAGAUCCUGUGGCCCAUGGCAAAAGGAGUCCACACUGGAGGUUUGCUGGCAGGGACCCACGCUGGAGGGGUGUGUUUCUGUGGAACUGCACCCCAAUGGAAAGGACCCACACUGGAGCAGUUUGUGAUGAACUGCUACCUCUGGGAAGGACGCAGGUUCGAGAAGUUCAUGGAGGACUGUUUUCUGUGGAAGAGACCCCACAGUGAAGAAUGUGAGCUUCUAGGGUGUAGGAGGUACCGAAAAUCAGGAGAAAAUAAAGCCCAAGAAGAAGGGAGGGGUGGGGGAAAAGUGUCUUACGAUUUAAGUUUUAUUUCUGAUUAUCCUGUUCUGAUUUGAUUUGUAAUAAAUUAGGCUGAUUUCCCCAAGCUGAGUCUGUUUUGCCUUGGUGAUAAUUGGUGAGUGAUCUCUCUCCCUGCCCUUAACUCAAUCCAUUUGCCUUUCAUUAAGUUUUCCCUCCCCUAUCCAGCUGAAAAGGAUGGGGUGCAUGAUAAAGUCAUGUUGGUGGGGACCUGCUAUCCAGCCAAGAUCAAACCACCACAGCUUCUCAGUGUUGCUUGGCUGUGUUUUGUUGAGGGUGCUCCUGCCCUCUCAUCUUCUUCAUGUUCUUCCUCUGGACUUGCUUCAACUGGUCCAUAUCUUUCCAGUUCUGGGGCUCCGGAGCUGGGCACAGCACUGUAGGUGGGGUCUCACAAGAGCAGAGUAGAGGGGCAGAAUCCCCUUGUUCAACCUGUUGGCCACACGUCUUUUGAAGAUUUCACAUCUCUUUAAUUGAAAGGUUAUUGAGGGUAGAUUCCUAGUCCUAAAAUGGUUGCUUACUUAAGUAAUUUUCAUUCAGAGAAAAGUUGUAAGGUCAGAAAUGACUCUAUUGUGUAUUUUCCUGGCGUGUGAGAGUGACAGGGGAAGGGCAGGUUGUGGCUGCUCUGAGCGUAUAGUAUCACCUCCUUCAGUUCUGAAGAGGUGAUUUCAUAUAAGAUGUCUGGUCAUGUUAGUAGCUGGACCCAUACAAUGGCUAUUAAUCUGCUGCUGCACAAUUUUCUGCCAGAAAUUUGAAGACUUUGGUGUCAUUUUUGCAUCACAAUCAGAUGACACUGUGUUGUGCUUAAAACAGCAAGAUGUUAACAUUUAAGAUGAAUCAAUGUGUUUCUUGAAGUUUUGCGUUUGUGGAAGUCUUCUGAAAGCAGGAAAAUGUAUAUUCCACUAACAAAUAUACUAAUUAAAUUGGGGAAACAUCUACCAGUAAGCUAUUUCAGGCCCUCUAUCUCCAAAGGAAAAUAAAUACAAUUUGGUUGAAGAAAAGGCCUUCUAUAGUUAUUUCAUUUAUGAUACUUUUGUUAGCUGAUUGGGGUGCUGUGUGCCUACAUGUAGCUACUAUUAUCUUCUCUGGUUUGUUAAUUGCUGAGGUUUCUAGAACGCAGAUAUCCAUGCAUAAGUGCUGUGUGUUAUCACCUUCUUAUCUUGAAUUGCUGAUAACUCUUGGCACCUUGGUGUGUACAGCCUUCCCCAAACACACACCCCUGGUAUUUAGCUACCAAAUAAAACCAGCAAACUCCCUCCCCUUUUCUUCUCAUACUUUCCCUGCAAUGCACUGAGGAAGGUGGGGCUUGGAUAUACCACUUGCUCCUCAGCAG